AUGAGAAGGAAAAGUGCUAUGAAAAAGUUUGCUGAAAGGGAUGAACAUGUUCAUAGAUCACAAAGAGAAGAACUUGUAUGUCAGAAUCUACAGGAAGAUGUGGCUAAUGUAGAAAAUCAGAAGAGUAUAACUGAAACAUUGCGAGAGAGAGUAAGAAAGAAACUGAAAGCCGUCAAGGCUGAAAAUUUAGUCAGUUUAGAAGACUCCACUAGUAUACCACACAGGGUAGAGUUCCUUGAAAAGAAGAAAUUGGAUACAAGAUAUGUAAAAGCUAAAGAAAUUAUAUCAGAUGAAGGUUUUACAUUUUUUAUGACAACUGGUGAAGAAAACUCAGAAUUAACCAUUUUGGAUGAAAACAUUAACCAGAAGUCAAAAGAGAAUCAUCAAAACCUUGCAGACUUGAAUGAUCAAAGCUGUCCUCUGCUUGACAAAAAAGAAGAAAGUUUAUUGCCAGAGUUGCUUGAAGUAAAACCUGCUGAGUUUGAAUGCAAAAAAUUACAGAUUAAAAAACAAUGGGAAUAUCUUUUUGUGCCAAGCAGUUCUCCAGUGCUUCAUAGUUGUAAACUACCAAAAGAAAUUAUGCCACGUGUCUUAGAAGAUGAAGGAUUUUAUAUUCCAAGAAAACCAGAAAUUUGUAAGAGAAGUUAUAACAAAAUGGAAAAUCGCCUUCUUAAAGAAGAAGGGAGAAGAGGCUGGUUUGAUGAAAGUGGACAAAUAAUUUCAUUACCUUCUCCAAUCAAACAAUCACCAAAUGUCAGAAAAAAAUUGCCAAUUAAGUGUGGCUCAGAAUUAAAGACCUUAUACAAAAAGGCAAUGCAACCUGAACGGGAAAGCCGCAUCAUAAAUAAAUCUGGAUAUGAAAAACAGCGUUAUCAAUUAGAUCUCAAUAUAUCAAGUUUAUUUUUCACCCACCAUCCUCUUUUUGAUCGAGAGCAUGUGUUAGCUGCUAGAUUACUCCAACUUUAUGAAAGUUUCAAGAACAGACAACAGCAGAACAUAACUCUCUUGCUAGCUGAAAAACUUAAAGCACUAAAAAAUGCUACAAAAAUAGCAGAAAGUAAUUUGGAAGCAAGCCAACUGAGCAGAAAAACUUUAGAUGACUACAAAUGGCAAAUAAGAGAUACCAAGAGCCUGUAUGACAUAGAAAAGCAAAAAGAUCUCUCUCUAAUGCAUAGCAUAUUAAAAGUUUGGAAACAAAUAAAAUCUAUGCGUAGACACCAAGAAUAUACAAGUACAUCUGUAAAGUUACAGUUUCAAAAAGGGCUUAUUAAGAAAAAGGAAGGUGAUGACUAUAAAGUAGAAUUAGCACAAGAUCUUAAAAGAGAGACAGUGCUAGUGAGAGAAGAUAAUGGUCACCAGGAGCAUUUUUCAGAAAUUUGGAGAAAACAGAAGGGUCUUUUGGAUUCAACUAUUUCAUUUGAAAGUUCAGCUGAACUUCAAGAGAUAAAGGAAUCUAUUUUCAUACCACAUCUCACUCUGGCUGCAGAAGUAACACCAAUGUUUAAGUGUCCCAUGCAUGAACAGAAGAGAAGAACAAAAGUACAGAAGAAACAAUACUUUAUUAAAAUAUUUUACAAUGAAAAGCAAGUCUCUUGUACUUCCGUGGCUCACCUCCAGCUGGAUUUUAAAGUGAUUUUUCAGCAAACUUUUAAUAUUCAGUUAUUAAAUUGGCCUGAAUCUCUUCGAUUAGAGAUUUAUGAAUCUGCUAAAAGAAAAAUGUUUUUGGCUAAAAUAUACUUACCCAUUCCUGACAAUAUUGUACUUCAAAGAAAAGAUGUAUUGGAACAGGCGGAGUUUAGCUGUGAUCAACAAGUUGAAUCUGUAAAUGGAGAAGUGGGAACCAAUGUACCAUUUAUUCUCGAUGAAAAUGAAGAACUGUAUCCUGUGAUGUCUGGUAAACUAAUGUAUUCCUUAUCCUGGAGAGUUGAUGAAGGAAAUAUUCCCUUAGCAUCUAUACUUCAGCCAAUAAACUCUGUUUCUUACAGAAUACCGAGAAAUAUAGAUGAAGAAAUAGCUACUGGAAUUUUGUGGUUCACUGACACACAGAAACUUACUGAAUGGGCCAAGAAAAUCAAGAUUGAUCCCAAUGAUCCUGAAUAUUCAGAUUUGAUGGACUUCAUUUUGUAUACUAGAUCCAAGGAAGAAACUCUUCCAAAAUAUUUUCGUCUUGAACAGCUGCAAAAAGAAUUUAACUUUGUUACUGAAAAAGAGAUUAAAAAUUGUAAACGUUUCCAGCUGUUGCAGCUUAGGAACUCAGGGCAACUAGAUUCCUGCUAUUGUUGGCAGAUACCUCUGUUUGAUAGAGAAAUACCAGAUACAGUCUUCCAGGGAUAUGAAAGCCAACUGAAGACAGAAGUUUCAGUGACAGAUGAGGAUCCUAUUAGUGCACAGAGAAUUAGUUCUGCCAACUUUAUGAGGAAGAUGAGAAAACAAACUAUAAAGCAACUUGUCAAAAUUAAGCACAGGUGUAAUUUAUCAGAUAUUGUGAGGGAUUAUGAAGAAAUUAUAUCUAUGAGACCAACAGGUGUUUACUCACCAGCUCAUGCAAUGAAUAGAAGACAUCUACUAUUAGGCAAAUCAGCAUAUAUAACUGACCCUCUAAGUGAGAUGACUGUCCAUCCUUUUGUAGAAGUUUCUUUCCAGCAUGCAGUUUAUCAGACUAGCACUGCCGAUGGUUCUCAUCCAUGUUGGAAUGAAGAACUUCAAAUGGAUUUUAUAUCUCCAGGACAUGACUACAGUUUUUCAGGACUGUCUAAAAUUAAAGACAAUAUAUGUGUCAACAUUUUUGAUGAAGUUAUUUUGGAAAAACAUGAGGAUACCUGUCAUAAGGGUUGCAGUGGUCACUUUUACAUAAGAAAAAAUUGGCUAGGAUCAGUUAGUUUUCCUUUCUCUGCUCUUCUGGAACAAUCAAAGAUCUGUGGGACGUUUCAAGUAAAUAUGCCACCAGUUUUGCUUGGAUACACUUGGAGUAAGACAUAUGUAUCUCCUAAAGAAGAGAGUUGUGGACAGAACUUAAAAGAAUACGCCUUUUUAACCAUCUUUGCUACAAUUGAACCUCAGUUAUCAUCUGUUGAAAAAGAUUCAGAAUCUGAUAAGUUUUUAGAUCAUGAAGAUGAAACACUUCUGCAAAGAGCAUAUAUUUUUAAAAAAAGUUGCAAGGCAAAAUUUCCAAAGAGAAGAAUAAUAACUUCUGUUUUUGACAGCGAAGGAAGAAAUGUUUUAGUAACAAAAUAUAUCAAGUCAUUAAAUCCACCACAACUACUACUGGAUAUAUAUCCUGAUGAUCCUAAUGCGACUUUUGACCUUAUUUCUCGAUUUGUAUCUUUAAUUCCUUGUAUAUCAGAUACUGUUGAUGGAAAUGAUGAUGUUGAUAUUUGGGUGACCUCUGAGCACUGCAUCAGUUUAGCUGCUGGAAAUAAAGAAGAACAUGCAGUACUUCUGUGUAACUACUUCCUAUAUUUUGACAAAAAAGCAUGGGUUCUGUUGGGAACAUCUUUGUUAGAAGGAAAAGUAGCAUAUGUCUUGACUCUGGAAAAUGGAGAAUAUUUCCUUUGGAAUCCCCUGAAUGGACAGUGUUACAAACCAUUUGAUGCAUUUUGUCCCUUACAGAGCGUUGACUGCUUAAUUGAUUGGGAAAAUGUCUGGUUCAACACACAGAGAAACAGUUCACCAGUGGAUGUAAACUUUGACAUUUCAAAGGAAGGGUUUUGGAAACAGUUGCUGCCAUACAAUUAUCAACACAAAAUAACACAAACUGUACAGCCAAAAGAAAUACUUUACACCCCUACUAGCAAAAGCAUGGUGGAAGAACUCCAGAACAGGAUUGAAAAGACCUUAAAAAAUAAAAUAAUGGAGUGGCGAUUUCAACAACCAACUAGGUGGCAUCGGCAAUGCACUGCUCUCCUAAGGCAAAUUCUUCCAAAGUUAGAACUUAGACAUAGGACCACUGUUACAGACAAAGAAGAAAAUGAAUUGGAAAGUUUACUGGAACGUUAUUGGGUCACAGGGUACCCUAUCCAGAUGCCUUAUAUAAAUUUGCAAGCAAUAAGUGAAGCUGUGCAUCAAACUGGCAUUCAUUCUUCAGAAAUCCCCAACACAGAGUUUUCUCUUGCUGUAUACAUUCACCCAUAUCCAAACAACAUUUUAUCUGUGUGGAUCUACUUAGUUUCUUUGGUCUGUCACUAGUAAAUAGUGUUUAAAUCUAAGCAACCAUGUGUUGGCUCUCCUGGGAAAAAUGAUCAUUUAUGAAUGCAGGCUGGGCAAUAAAGCUUAGGCUGGAUACAGAUAUUUGGGGAGGUUAGAGGGAAGUUAGAUCAAGUUAAAAAU